AUGGCAACUGAAAGUAGUUUUGUCCAACCAGCAAUUCCAAAGCUCAAUGGACAUUAUGAUCACUGGUGUAUGCUCAUAGAGAAUUUUCUUCACUCUAAGGAAUAUUGGAGUUUGAUAGAACAAGGGAUUCCUAAAGUAGGAGAAGAAAUAGCACUCAUUGAAGAACAAAGGAAAGCAAUUGAAAAUGCCAAAUUGAAAGACUUAAAGGUUGAGAAUUAUCUAUUCCAAGCCAAUGAUCGAUCAAUUCUAGAGACUAUUUUGAACAAGGAUACAACAAAAAGCAUUUGGGACUCCUUAAAGCAGAAAUACCAGGGGAUAGUAAGGGUGCAACAUGCACAGCGACAAGCUCUUCGAAGGGAAUUUGAGGUGCUCAACCUGAAGGUAGGGGAACCUAUAAAUGAGUACUUUGCUCGAACCCUUACAUCUAACAAGUUGAGGAAUCAUGGAGAGAAUAUGACGGAUGUUGUGGUUAUUGAAAAGAUUCUAAGAUCUAUGACUCCAAAAUUUGACUAUGUUGUGUGCUCAAUUGAGGAGUCUAAUGAUCUAAACACCUUAUCUAUUGAUGACCUACAAAGCAGUCUUUUGGUGCAUGAACAACGAAUGAAUGGCCAUGCUAUGGAAAAACAAGCACUGAAGGUUACUUAUGAAAAACAAUUAGGAGGAAGAGGACGAGGUUGUGGCGGAUUUAGCAGAAGAGGCUGA